AUGUUUAAGAAGACAAACCACAGCAGCAAGUACAAGAAAGGAACAUACAGAAUACAUGAGAUUAAUCCCCGAACAAUUCUAAGUGCGUUGUGUUCUUAAAAAACAACACUGUGAAAUUACAGUGAAGUAGUAUUCAUCACUUAAUAAGUGAUCACUUACGAACGAUGGGUUAGUUUUAAUGGGGUUUUCUUGUUCAAGAUUUUAUGGGCAAACAUUCUUAACACGUUUCUAAGUAAAAAUGUUAAAAUGGUAGAAACUAUUUCCUGCAGUUUGCACCGUAGUUGAAGUUAGUCUGAAGUUCUUUUCUAUGAAAAGAGAUAAGUAGUGUUUUGUGAAACACGUUAAAAUUUUACCCUCUUUUUAGGAAAUAAGAAGAGAGACUUUAUUUUUUGUAGCAAAAACCGUGUAAUGUAAGAUUUACAAUAAAAGUAGUUUAAAGUAAAAUUAGAUUGAUGAUUUUUCAGUUACUGACCCAGUUAGAGAAAGAAUCCAGGGGUCAAUUUAAUAAAAAAAUUUACACUUUUAAUUUACAGGUGUAGCCAUUGUUUUACAGUCUGAGAACAAUAGCUACACUUGUAAAUUACACGUGCAAAAGUUUUAUUAAAUUGACCCCAGGUGUUCCCAAUAGGAGUCGAACCUAUGAACUUUUGGUUACCAGUCCAAAUGCUCUACCAGUAAUAAGCCAGGAGAGACUUAUGGAAGCUAAGGCCAUUAUUAUACUCAAGUAUUCACCAGGCUUCAAAUUCACCAUCACGUUUCUAUCGUUGUGUAAAAGUACCGUACUUCCCCGAAUAAGCGCCCGGGCACUUAUUUAAAAUUUCAGUUAAAAGGAUAGUCGCUUAUUCGAGGGGGCGCUUAUUACGUUUUCCUCUAAAAGAACUAGAGAAUGGUUUAAUUGUUCCCAAGACAUUUACGGCAUUUACCAAGAGCGCACAUAAAAGACCUCUGCAAGCGCACGUGGAUAUAGGACAGCUAUUCUCCCCCAUUAUUCCGCUGAAGUCGAAGGCUAAAAGGUUAAAAGUAAAGCAGCCAUAGAAACUGGUUUCCCCCGUAUCCCUACCAUUUGAAAAAGUGAGGGGUCUGGAGAAAGGCGCUUAUUUCGGGAGAGCGCUAAUUAGAGCGGGCGCUUAUUCGAGGAAAGACGGUAGAUGAUUAGUACUUGCCCUAAGUACUUAGCUUAUCGAUCGAUGGCUUAAAGAGGUGCCUGGCGAGCUUGAACCUUGGAAUAAAAAUCAUAAACUAUCUAGGAGGAUCCGUAUUUGUGGAGGCCUCCCACGCAGACGUUCUUUGGGCUCAGGCUCAGAGAACGUGUAUGUGGGAUCAUGGGAAGCUAUUUUUGUGCCCUCGCUCCCCGCCAAUGAAGAUCGUUUAAUUAUCGGCUGAUGUUGCAAAAACCAAGGAUGCAUCACGCUAUGUAUACUGUACCACCUUCUUUGAGGGAUAAUUAAUUUUGUUCUAGAAAAACUUGACGCUCAGGCAAGCUUUAAGAACUGAAAAAUGUCCAACAGGGAUAAAUCAAGCCCUGGUACUGUCUCCCCCACCCCAUUCCACGGGAGACUCGACUGUAGAGAUAACGAGCCGAGAAUUUCCCUCCGCUUUUACGUAACAUGCUCACCCACGCAAUAAUUCAGAGAAACUGCCGGCGGUCUCACUUUCCCCUGCGCAGAGGCUCAUGUGGCAUGACUAAGGUUAGUCUCCUUCGCAGCCGUUAUUAGGGUCGUUACGCAACGCUCGUUAACUAGCGGGGAGGAGCGUUGCGUUACGACGGCUAUGAACGAGUCUAGACGAGAGUGAGUGGGCGCAAAAUUUGGUGGGCCUUUGUACCGAUUAUAUAAUGCUAGCAUUUAUUUGAACAUUUUAGUGAAGCAUUAAGCGUUAUUCGAGCAUUUUAGUGGCAUUUUCCCGGAAAAUUUUUUUUUCACAGAAAAGAAAAAUGGAAACAUUUUUGAAGAGAUAUGACGACUUUGAAAAUAAUUAAAAAAAAUAUGUUCAAAUUUUACCUUAAUACAACCUUGUAGAUGAUCUUUUUGCUAUAUUGAAACUGUUUAUUUGUAUACAUUGUUGUCACACCACUUAUACAUUCAGUUGUUAGCCUUAAACCUCCCUUGAAAUGUUUAGAAUUAAAAAAGAAAAAAGCCUCAUUAUGCCGAUUAGAUCCUUAAUCAUAACUAUAACAAAAUUGUCAAAUCUGAUUGGCUCUCAACUACCCUGAUUUCAGCCUUAAUUGGACAGUUUAAUAGGACAGUACGCGUCAUGCCUAAGUAAUUGGACAGUACGCGCCAUCACGCGCGCGCUUAAAUGGCUUUUUUUUUUAUUAUUGCUAGCGAAGAAAUCUUAGAAUUUCUUGUGUUUUGAUUUAAAAAGAGCCCUAUAUAUCACAAAUUUUAUUAAAGUUAUGAUUAAUUGGUAACAGAACUUCGUGUCGUCCAAUUCGGUCUGUAAUCAUACUCGUGAUUAAACAAAUCGGACUCCCGCUACGCGGUCGUCCGAUUUUGUUAAUCACUCGUAUGAUUACAGACCGAAUUGGACUCCACUCAGUCCUGUUACCAUUACUUAUUAGCUACAGGAUCCGGUCCUUCUUUUUUGUAAGCUCGUCCUUGCUUUAAAAAUUGAAUCUAUAUGAUGAUCAUUGUCGAGCAUUUAAGUAACUUUUUGGGGGACUACCGAGCAUUUUAGUAGGAAAAAUGGAGGAUUAACGUGGAGCAUAUUAGUGGCGAAACCAAAGCAUAAAGUAUAAAGGCUUAAAAUUUGGCCCUUUUUUUCGGUUUUCGCGCCUGCACUCACUUCGCGCAGCAUAAAUUCAACGACGCCUCCUCAAUUCUCUGCGUCGGCUAUCGGCUAAAAUUAAUUUGGACAGUACUGCCAAAUAUAACUGACCCCUGCGCUACCCUCUGCACCCCGUGACGUCAAUUUGGGGCACUUAUCACCGCGCCCUUGUUAAAUAGGCGAGCCGAAGGAUCGGAUCGGAAGAUAGGAAGUUGAAAACGAAAACAAACCAAAACGGAGACACUUGAAUCACAACUUGAAAGAAACGCAAACAUUUUCACAGACCGCUGGUUAUCGAGAAAACAUUUUGAGGACAAAUAAUGGCAGGCAUUAGUACUGAACCAAAAACGAGAAGUCCAAAGACUACUGCAAAGCUGAUCAGAACAACGUGUAUUAUUUUUCAUAACACUAGAAUAUUUCGGCUGGCUAUACCAGCCUUCUUCAGGUUUACAGAUUAGUACUGAAAUGGCGCGUGCAUUUAGUGUUUGCAAAACAGUUGCAUGUUUCACACAUUUUCUUUGUUUUUUUCUUUUUCUUUUUUUCAGUUUUUGCUGUUUCCACGGAGGAGUUGCGUUGACUACAUGCAAUCUGUUACUAUGUUCAGUACAUGAGACACCUUUAUCGGAAAGCGUGCAACAUAAGUAGAUUCACGUAUUUUUUUUCGCCCACUAAACUUGGAAAGGAAUUUUUGGUGGAUACACAAAAACAUCGAUAUCCCAAACACCCAAUGUUUAUUUUUCUCUGAUUCAAGGGUUUCAUAUUGCGCAAUUUUUGACUGCUUGAGCUAGUGAUAUUUGUAUCUUAUUUCGAUUUUGGAUUUAGUUACAAUGAUCUACAGGAUUACAGGGAAAAGUUACAGUGCUUUCAUGUCAUUUCCCCUUGUUUUAUUUUAGUUUUUUGCAGUAACUGCUUAUGACUCAGCUACAAUGUUGCUUGCAAAGAAUUUGUGUGGCCACUUCCUUUUUCCUGCGAACAAAUUGCGUGAUAAAUUCGCUUACCUCCGUUUACCUCACUCACCACCGUAAUUCCGGACGAAAUUACUAAAAUCGCCCCAAGUGAUUGUGGGCAGAAAUUGGUGCGGUUGAAGUCUUACUACGCCAGCAUCACACUGAUAACUGCAAGGCUAGUAAAAUGCAAGUUUUUGCAAGAGUUGAACCGGUUUUUGGACCCAGUUAAGCCUUUGAGUUCUUUUAAACAUUCCAGAGUCUUCUGGGAUGAGGUCGGGAAGGUUCGAGUGAUACGUGUGGCGUAGCUCGUCUGGGAAUGUGACAGCAGGAGAGGAUAUCCGUUGUCAUAACUUCAGCUCGGUUCUUGAGCUGUUAUAAAGAACAUCGUGGACCGAUGCUUAGUCAAACUGAGGAACAACUAGACAAGUAAGGAUCCAAAAGAAGGAAAACGAACUUUUUUAAAAAAAGCAUAUCAUAUCAGGUAAGUUAAACUUAUUGAAACCAUUAUCCCAUAAGUCAAUUAAAAGAAUAUCAAAUUAAGUAGACUUAAAGCAUCUUUUAUAGUCAUAUCAAUUCAGCAAAGAACCGGCGAUGGUGCUAUCACUAAGAGCAAAGCCAGUGAUUGACUGAGUUAAUAUUUUGAGUGAAGUCUAAUUAGUAGUACUCUUACUUAUUGCAGCCAUUUUACGAAUUAUCAUAAUCAAAGAAAGAAGAAAACGAAACAUGCAGGGAAUUUUUGCUUUGAUUCUUCUUCUUCCCAUGCUGGGAAAUUCAGGUAUUUUUCUUCCUUUCUUUUGUCAUUCACGUAGUGUUCCUGGUAUACCAUGAAUCAAAACCUCAGCUCAUUUAACACUUAUUAUUUAAACCUCAGUUUUUCCUCUGGAGUUAACACUGUGGAAACUGUUCGAAAUUUUUACCUUAGUGCCUAAAUCGUAUCAUGUGACUAUUCACGACUACUAUCGAUUGUCCGCUACUCUGACAAAAUUACCUUGUCAGGCACUUCUUUGAAUAAGGACUUAAAACUAUGAUUCUAAAGUGAAGUUUUUUUGGUCGUCAGUUAAGUUACGCUAAAAAGUACUGACGUCUUACGCAAGGUUUGCAUUAGCCACUACUUUGUCUCGACUUUGUCAAACCGACAUACGAAAGGGUAUACUGUCACUUUCAAAAAGUGUUCAAAUGGAAGAAAAUACUUACAUAACGAAGUGAAUUUUUCUUCUCUUUAUAUAUAGUCCAUGUUGAAAAUGAAUAUUGCAGACCGCGUCCUACAUUAGUACCCAUCGACAGCCCAAACUACAAGUUCUUCCCGUACUUCGUCAAUCUGCAUAGAUGCGGUGGAUCCUGUAAGAAGAUUCAGCCCUCAGUUCGGUCAUGCGUGCCAACACAGUAUACUGAGGUCCCUGUUACGGUGCAAGUAGUUGGUACAAAACGAUGGAUGGAAAUUAGAAUGCAGAACCACACUAGCUGUGGAUGUGAAUGCACCUUGAGUCCGAGCCAGUGUGACCCGAUUUGGGAGAACUGGAAACCAGAUCUUUGCCAAUGCAGGUGUAAAUAUGGUGAUAAGCCACCAAAGCCUUGUGGGAAUGGGCUCGUCUGGAGUAAAAAUGACUGCAGAUGUGUUUGCAAUAAGGAGCCAGAAAUAUGUCCACCAAAUAAGGUAUGAUCACUAUGCAAUUUACGUCAGCGUCGCCUGAGCUACUUACGUUCCCGGUACGAUUCGCAACGACGAUUUUUAGCAGAACACAGCGUUGCAACAUUGUUGCGACAUUGUUACGGAUGGUUACAACAUUGUUCCAACAUUGCAGCGCUGUGUUGCACUAAAAUCGUCGUUGCGAAUCGUCUCAUGUAACAUCACCUUUACGGAUCUCGGCUAGGAAAUGGUAUACGUUUGCUUUCGUUCACCGCAAGAGUUGUCAACAAGAUUCGAUGUGAGUGAUUUUUAUUUACGCCAGGAAAAUGGUAUAAUUAACUGAGUCUAGUAUAACUUGUGUGAUUUCAGGUUUGGAGCUCAGAAAAGUGUGGGUGUGUUUGCACGGAAGAGAGAAUUAGGAACUGCACAAAAAUGCAAAACUCUGUAGACGAAGAAACAUGUAUGUGUACCAGAACGAUAUCGGAACCAGAAACGGGCAAAGUAUCCUCUACUAAGCCCACACAGAAAGGUAAGAAUGUUUUGCACAAGUCACCUAUCAAGGUACCUGGAAUGAGCUAUGAAAUCACCUUUUACUGACACAAUGAACGUUGCCAGCUCAAACCAUUCCGUGGUUCUUUUUUUAGGAAGUGACCCACCCUUGUACGGAGCAAAUUGUUGUCGCUGGAAAUAUCUAUAAGUCACCAAUGUUCAUCAGCAGGAUACCUAAGAUGUUUUCAGUUAUACGAUUGGUUUCGGCUCCAUUAAAUCCCGGCUAUAAAUUCGAGCUAUUUUGAUAGUAAAAAAUACUUUUUACAAGCAAAGCAAUAUAUUAAUAAUUAAAUCAGUUGCUGUUGUUUUCUUUUUCUCAGGUGGAUUUCCUCAGGAAUUUUACAUCGCCCUUUUCCUAGGACAGUUUGUACUCAUGUAUUUGGUGUUUGAUGCCAUCCUUUACCGCAAGAAAGCUGGUGUAAUUUACCGUCUAACGAGAAGUUGUUCGGCAGAUAAAGGUAAUUUGUCUGAUCACUUUAUAGCAAUAUCCUUUUCGUAUAUCACACAUGCAGAAGCCCAAGCAAUUAUCCAAACAAAUUGAAACCACGAUAAAAUAAUGAAUAGCCUAAAAUAUCAACUGCAAUUUUGCGAUUGCGUUGGCUUCACGUGGCUUUGUUUGUUAGAUUCAAGGUGAGAAUUUCUCAAAAUAGAAAACAUAAGCAGAUAAAAACUGUCCAGAACAAUUCUUAUGGAUAAAACCGGCUGACGAGAAACCAUGCAUUUUUUUGUAGAAUUAAUAGUAACCACAAUUAAGGGGAAAAAUGGGUCAUGUGGUACAAAUUCACGUUUGCCGUUUUGCGUAAACGUGACUGUAAAUCUCUCUAUUGGCUUAAAAAUCUCGCGCCACUUCCCCAACCAAUCCUCACCUCGCAUGCGUUUUCCCGUGCUUAAUUACGAUUGCGUCUGCGCACAUUAUGAUUGGUCAAAGAAAUUACUAUGAGUAUGAAUUUAUGACCCUUGAAUAUUAAACUCUAUCUCGUUUAUAUCAAAUAAAAAUCUGUUCUAUUAGGGGAGCAAGUUAGUUCGUAGAUGAGCCAAAGCUUUCACAAUUUGCAGGUUUCUUAAAACAUUUUUUCUCUUACAGUAACUAUAACUGGAAGUCGUUCAAAAAUUGAAGAUUCAAGAGAAGACAUCUUCAUUCAAUCCAGCAGUGUAGUAGUCAUGACAGAUCUACCCACACAGACAGGAGAGAGGAACAUGGCGGCGAUCAGUGAUGUGUAG